GCCUACGUUUGUUAAUUGUGCCAUUCAUUCCCACCUCUAAAUUUACAAUGCAUCAGUUGACCUUCAUCUAAAUCGACGAAGUUAAGUCUGCCAUCGAACCCCUUCGGAACAGCAAAGCACCCCUCAAGUUGGUCAUUCCCGGAAACCACGAUUUCACCCUCGAUAUCCCUAUUUUCCAACGGAAGAUCGCAUAGGUAAGCCCGCCCUUAGACUUACAGCUGGUCAAAAGGGAAUAUGGUGAUUAUGGAGAGGUUAUAGAGUUAUUUAAGCAAGCCGCCACAAGCGGCAUUCAUCUCCUCGACGAAGGCACCCACAACUUCGCCCUCCUGAACGGUGCAUCACUAAAGGUAUAUGCAAGCCCUUAUACCCCCCUCACUUGGUGACUGGGGUUUCCAAUACGACCCUGAGAUGGGUCAUAACUUUGAUAUUAGUGACGAUGUCGACGUCGUUAUAACGCAUGGCCCACCGAGGGGUAUCAUGGACAUGACCUACUCGGCUGAGCGCGCCGGUUGCCCACAGCUCUUUGUGGCUAUCGCUCGAUCACGGCCGCGAAUGCAUUACUUUGGCCAUAUUCAUGAAGGUUGGGGAGCAAAGGUCGUGGCGUGGCGGAAAAUGAUCAACGAGAAACCAUCGCAUCUCACUGAUAUCGACAAUGGAAGGUCUACAUUGAUUGAUAAUCUGUCCAGAGUCAGCCAUGAUGCUCGAAUCCACGAAGCGAGUCUUUGUGAAGAGGGCUAUACUCCGCUCCAAGCGGGCUCCCAGACACUCUUUGUCAACGCCGCUGUCGAGGGCACGAAAGAGCUGCCGGUGCAACCGUUGUGGCUUGUUGAUCUCGAGCUUCCUCUCAGUGUAUAAGUGGAUAAUUUGAAUAAUAGCACAAGUGGAUAGUUGAGAGUAUGUAGAAAUAGUACUAGAUGUUCCCAAAAAAGAAAACUAGGUCCGGGACCAUGACCGGAUUUCCGUUUUAUACUACGUAUCUGCAUCCAAGGCGAUAAGGCAAAAUUACAGCACUUACGAGCUCCCAAAAGCAGUGUUCUACCCACAAUAUUGGUGUAGACUUGAUCUCGUAUCUUCAAUAAUUAAAUAUGAGCAGGGCGGUUUUGGCUGUUAUGAGUGUCUAAGUAAACGAACGGAUCAGUCCC